AAAAGGAAGCGGUCUCAGCAGAGGCGGAACCUGAGCGCUGUUUCAGCGUGUUGGUUGUAGCCUGAAUUUGGAGGAGGGGGUUCAUGUUUCCCCACUAGAAAGGGAGAAGUGUAUUUCCAGGCGGGAGGCAUCAUGGGCAGGACGGUGACUGUGGCAACCUGCGCCUUGAAUCAGUGGGCGCUGGAUUUUGAUGGCAACCUGGAAAGAAUUUUAAAAAGUGUUGAAAUUGCUAAAUGCAAGGGAGCAAGGUAUCGGCUUGGUCCAGAACUUGAAAUUUGUGGCUAUGGCUGUUCGGAUCAUUACUUUGAGUCUGAUAUGCUCUUGCAUUCGUUUCAAGCUUUGGCUAAGCUUCUGGAAUCUCCUGUGACUCAGGACAUAAUAUGUGAUGUUGGCAUGCCUGUUAUGCACCGAAAUGUUCGCUACAAUUGUAGAGUGAUCUUCCUGAACAAGAAAAUACUUCUAAUAAGACCAAAGAUGGCUUUGGCAAAUACAGGAAACUACAGGGAAAUGCGAUGGUUCACUCCUUGGAACAGAUCCCGGCAGGUGGAAGACUAUUUUCUUCCUAGAAUGAUACAAGAAAUAACAAAUCAGGAAAGUGUUCCAUUUGGUGAUGCAGUGCUGGCAACAUUAGAUACCUGCAUAGGGACUGAAAUCUGUGAAGAACUGUGGACACCAAACAGUCCUCAUAUUGAAAUGGGAAUUGACGGAGUGGAGAUCUUCACCAAUUCUUCUGCAAGUCACCAUGUAUUAAGAAAAGCUCAUAUGCGAGUGGAUUUGGUAAAUUCUGCAAUGACAAAGAAUGGCGGGAUAUAUAUCUUGGCUAACCAGAAGGGCUGCGAUGGUGAUCGUCUGUAUUAUGAUGGCUGUGCCAUGAUUUCUGUGAAUGGAGCCACCGUUGCUCAAGGACUUCAGUUUUCUUUGGAUGCUGUGGAAGUCUUGGUUGCCACACUGGACUUGGAAGAUGUCCGGAGUUACAGGGCAGAAAUAUCAUCACGAAAUUUAGCGGCAAGCAAGGUGACUCCUUAUUGCAGGAUAAAAGUAAAUUUUGCCCUUUCGCGGUCUGAUGACAUAAGCACACCUACAACUGAGCCAAUCCAGUGGAGAUAUCAUAGUCCUGAGGAAGAGAUCAGCCUUGGUCCUGCAUGCUGGCUUUGGGACUACUUAAGGCGUAGUGGACAGGGCGGAUUUCUCUUACCACUUAGUGGUGGUGUGGAUAGUUCUGCUACAGCCUGCAUUGUGUACUCGAUGUGUCUUCAGGUGUGUUCUGCGGUAUUGAAUGGAAAUCAAGAUGUACUGAAUGAUGUGCGUAAGAUAGUAAACAAUGAAGCCUAUGCACCAAAGGAUCCACAGGAAUUUUGUAGACACAUCCUAACAACUUGCUAUAUGGCUAGUGAAAACUCUUCUCAGAAUACAUAUGACAGAGCCAAAUCUUUGGCUGAACAAAUAGGCAGUUAUCAUAUAAACAUAAAUAUAGAUGGAGUUGUGAAGGCCGUUUGGGGAAUUUUCAGUGCAGUGACAGGACGAUUGCCCCAAUAUCACGUGUGCGGAGGGACCAGCAGGGAAAAUCUGGCCCUACAGAAUGUGCAGGCUAGAAUAAGAAUGGUGUUUGCUUACCUGUUUGCACAGCUAUGCCUUUGGACUCGGGGAAUACCUGGUGGACUGUUAGUGCUUGGAACAACUAAUGUGGAUGAAAGUCUUCAGGGAUACUUCACGAAGUAUGACUGCUCCAGUGCUGAUAUCAACCCUAUUGGUGGAAUUAGUAAGAAUGAUUUAAGAAGCUUUAUACAAUAUUGCCUUGAGAAUUUUCACCUAACAGCACUUGAAAGUAUUAUUUCUGCACCACCAACCGCAGAGUUAGAGCCGCUAAAGGAAGGACAAGUAGCUCAAACAGAUGAGGAAGACAUGGGGAUGACAUAUGCUGAACUCUCAGUCUAUGGCAAAUUAAGGAAAAUAGCCAAAGCUGGACCUUACAGUAUGUUUUGUAAGCUGAUCACCAUGUGGAAAGACAUUUGUUCCCCAAAAGAGGUGGCAUCAAAGGUUAAGCAUUUCUUCAGAACAUAUUCAGUCAACCGACACAAAAUGACUGUCCUCACCCCAUCCUACCACGCUGCGAACUACAGUCCUGAUGACAACCGGUUUGAUCUGAGGCCUUUCCUUUAUAAUUCUUCCUGGUCCUGGCAGUUCAGAUGUAUAGAUGAACAGGUUUCCAAACUUGAAUCUCAUGAAGUGAACUCCAAAACUGAACAUGUGGUCUGACCUGUAUUGCUACUGUGGAUGUGUUGCAUUUACUGUAAGAAUCCAAUAACCCCGAUAUUAUUAAUAUUCAACAGACUUCUAGUGGUUGUCUGAAUUUUGUUAAACACAAUGACUUAAAGAGAUCUACAGUUUUAAGAAGAAAAGAAUAUCCAGAAGUUCAGAGAAAAAAAUGAGGGGGUGGUUUUUAAGUUUUCAGUCAAACUUUUGUUGGUAUGACCCAUGGAUUGUGGCACCUCUGUUACAGAAAUAAUGUUCAUCAGAAUUGUAGGCAGACUCUUCACUAUAAGUAAUUUCCAAAAGUUAACACUUGACCAAGAUAUGAAUCAGUUGCACUUUGGAUAUGUUUGCAGAUUUAAGUUGGCCAUAAUUCUCAUUUCUAUUUCAGUGCUUUGGCUGGGUGGUUGCAAUUUUUAAAACAUGAGUAGUAUCUGUGUCUGAGGUUUUGGAUGAAGCAUAAAAUUUUCUUGGAAGCUGUUGGGAUAUAUGGAAAUAAUUAAUACGACCAACACUAACCCUAGCAACACAAGCUUCACUGCAGGAAAAUACUUGCCCCUCUAAUGAACAGUUUGCAUAUGAUUUUUCCCUUUUAACUUGUUGAACUGAAAUCAUAAAAUUUUACAGUCCCUGGCACAUGUGGACAUAAAAAAUGAUUUUUAAAAUUUUAUUAUGCAAUAAAUUCACAUUUUAAUGAA